CUGAUAGCUUGUACUCUAUUUCAUCUAGGCUCAAGUGGGGUUUUUAGAGAAACGGCUCAGGCAUUUGGUGUGUCAAAAUCGUUAACAUGUUGGUUCGUGAGAUUCCCGUUUUGCUGCGGAGCAAUGGACGGCACUUUGAUCGCAAUCAAUCGACCCCGAGACUUUGAAGGCUGGUACAAUCGCAAAGGUAGAUUCCCUUCAGUCAAUGUACAAGCGGUUUGUGACCACCGCAAAAGGUUCAUUUCAUUUGAUGUGCGGCCGAGUUCUUGGAGCGACGCCAAGAUAUUUCAACAUUCAAGUUUCGGCCGAAAUAUUGCCUGCAUUCUACCCCGUGGACACCACGUUAUAGCAGAUUCCGGCUAU